AUGCCGCCAACUUACGGUCCGCGAUCACCAGAGCUAGAUCAAGGAGAAGAAAUUACAAACCAUAUGAUCGUCCGGUGGAAAAAUAAACAAAUGGUUAUGGCCGUGCAGAAAUCAACGGUACAAAAUUCAACACCAAAGAAUGUUUUCGUGGCUUUAGACAAUUCAACGCCAAUGACGGGAACCGUGGUAAACCAAACAGCAAUUUCCAAUCAGCAGUGUGCUAUUACUGCAUCCAAACGGGUCACUUCGCAAGAGCCUGUCCAUUCAAAGGAGCCCAAUCUGCAACAGUCAGCUCACCAAAAGACCAGUUGCCAAAAUCAACAUGAGGUGAAUUCUUCACAGUCAUCAUUUAUUAAUGAAGUUGAGUAUAGUUUUGAUAUUAUUAACAAUUAUGAGACAGAAUCGGGAAAAACACUUAUUAAUGUCAAAGGCAAUUUAAGAAGAAAUGUUGAGUUCUGGAAAAAUGUUUUAUGCGCAAAUGAUUUUAUUAUUAAUACUAUAAAUUUAGGAUAUAGAAUACCUUUUGUAAGUGAACCGAAUUUGGCAUUUUUACGAAAUAAUAUGGCUGUUAUAAAAUAUUCAGAUUUUGUCGAAAAAUCCAUAUUCGAGUUACUUGACUCACAUUGUAUUAAAGAAGUCAGAUGUCCACCUUUUGUUGUGAACCCUUUAACGGUAUCUGUACAAAGUUCAGGUAAAAUGAGAUUAGUACUCGAUUUACGUCAUGUUAAUCAAUAUGUUGACAAACAAAAGGUGAAAUUUGAGGGUGUAAACGAAGCGUUAAAUUAUGCAGUUAACGCUGAAUAUGGAUAUAAAUUUGAUUUUCGGUCGGGAUAUCACCAUAUUGAUAUACAUGAUGAUCACCAAAAAUAUUAG